UCCUUCCUCUUUAUUCUCUUCUUCAUAUCCAUAUAUACUUCUUCUUGCACCUUGGUCUUACAUUUACUCCAUGUCCUUUCUCUUCAUAGCAACUACAAACUCGUAGUUUUCUUUCGAUCUAACGAUUCAGUAUCUGAAACCAACUGAUUCGUCUGCUGCUUUAAAUUAACAAUAUCUAAAGAUAUUACAAAGGUAGCAAUCGUGGAUCGAAGGUAUGGGAAGAGGCCCUUUUCAGCCAAUGAAUCGGAGGAGAAAGUGGAUUACACGAAUACUACAACUACUAAUACAAAUGAAGAAGAACCUAUUUUCCCUUUCUACUCAGCUCGAUCUCAACAUGACAUGUCUGCUAUGGUUUCUGUUCUUUCUCAAGUUAUUGGCAACACUAAUAAUAAUAAUAAUACUACCAAUAUUUCUUCGGUUAAUUCGUCCGUGCAUGGAAUUAAUCCAUUAACCCUACCUCAAUCAACUGGUGCGAAUCUGCAAAACCAAUCUCAGUCCAUCCAAGAACAAGGAAAUCAGCAGAGAAAACGGCAUUAUAGAGGAGUAAGACAAAGACCAUGGGGAAAAUGGGCAGCCGAAAUACGUGACCCAAAAAAAGCUGCUAGAGUUUGGCUUGGAACUUUUGACACUGCUGAAGCUGCAGCACUUGCUUAUGAUGAGGCUGCACUUAAAUUCAAAGGCAAUAAAGCUAAACUCAAUUUCCCUGAAAGAGUUCAAGGCAAAACUGAAUUUAGUUUUCUCACCAAUACUACACAAGAGUUUGGCAUAGUUGGUCAGCAAUUUUCAGCUACUAGCUCCAAUAAUAAUAAUAAUAAUCACAAUAUUAAUCUCCCUUAUUUUCAGCCUAAUUAUUUGUCUCAAGAACAUUUUCCUAAUGUGCAUCACUACGCACAGUUGCUUCGUGAUGGAAAUAAUUUUGAGAUGAAUUUUGGGGUUUCGCCAAAUUUUUAUCAACCAAUAUCAGAAGGUUUUGUUUCGGAAUCGCUACCGAAUACAUCAUUGGCAUUACAACAAGGAACAUCUCAUGAGCAGGAACAAGAAGUUGGUUAUAAUCAGAAAGAAGAAGAUUUUCUGAGAUUUCCAUUUCAUUUUGGGAAUUCUAAUUCAAGUGCUGGACCUAAUACUGGUGAAAGUAAUUGGGAGGAUUUUGAACGUAGAAAGUAAUUUCUUGCUAUGUACUUAAGGUGCAACGACUUUCGUGCAGCUGCUACACUCUUCAUUAAGAGGAUGUUCGUUAUAAUUAAGUUUGUAAUGAGUAAUCAAGGUUCUUUGGUUUGUCAGAAAUAACCUCUGUAUCUCUGACAAGAUAAGGCCGUAAGGGUAGGGUCUACGUACACGCACCUUCACAAACUCCAAUUGUGGGAUUUUUCACCGGGUAUGUUGUUGUUGUUUAUUGUGUUUGUGUAAAAUGCGAUUUUUUCCCUCGCUUUUCUUUCACUGAAUUGUAACUUUUGGAAGGUUUGUUUACUCUUAUGAACCUAGCUAUGAAAAAUUGUCGUGUGAUUUUCUACG